ACGUACAUAUUAUAUGCACAUUAUGUUAAAGCAUUUUACGAUUUUAAACUUGGAAACUCUACAAUGCUAUUAACAUUAUUGUAUCGGAAGAACAAGAAACAACUGCAGCAAGAUCGACCGGCGUCCGUUCGCCGUCAACAGUCUUUGGGGCGUCUACAGCACUGGUACAGCCACAAACCGGUGGUAACUGUCGAUCAGUUGCACAAGUACCGGCGGAAGGAGUUUGGUACCGGACCUGACGGGGUYGUAGCGCCGCUACCGCAGCCUCCGAUCAGUUUGUCGGCCAGCCCGUCGUUUGACACCGAAUACAGGUGUAGUUUCGAACCACCAUACCGUACAGCCGAGGAAAUGAGUAACAACAGGAGGCACGCAGCAGUGCCCAAAGAUGAGCUGCAGGUGGAAGGUGAAGCCGAGUUCACCGCCGAGUACGCCGAACGAUACCAGGACGUGCCCAGGGAGCGCAAUUUGGCCGGCCGACAGGGAAGUCACAUUGGACGGUUUGUGUGCGCAGACGAACCGGCACCGGAAGGCGUUGGCGCCCGGUCCGAACAGCACGACCAGUAUGUGCCACAUCCGGACGGCCGGCGGGCAGACAACCUACGACCAGGCACCGGGCUGAGGAUGGACGAAGGGCCGAUGGAUGGUGAGACAGAGCAGAUGGCCAACUAUCGCAAGUAUCCGGUCACGCCACAUCCGGACGUCACCGAACAAGACCAGACCGAAGAGAUCGUGCCGAAGAAAUCCAGUAGUCCAACCACAAGACGGCGGUCGUUCGACGAGAGUAUGAAGGAAAUGGUUCUGACACGGGACAGCGGCAUGUUGCUUCGGCCCGCACGAUUCUUCGUCGGUGGACCGCCCCGAACCGAACGUUCCAGACGCUUUAUAAAAAAACCGGCAUUCCGUUUGGAAGUAGUGGAUUGCACAGCUAGUGGUGACGCAAAGAAGGUCGAUCGGACGGAUUCGUUUGUGGUGCUCCUGGAUAACGACGAAUCGCCACAUCUGUCUGGAAACGGCAUCAKUGGCGGCAAUAGAUGGGUGAAGAGGAGACAGCGUAAAAUGGGCACCGUACGUUUUUUUGACGACAGACUAUCUCGAUUGCCGGCCACUGACAAUGGAAAAACCAUACAGUAAACGCGAUGAUCAUAAUAUUGUUACCUAUAUUAUUCUACCCGUUUAAACUCACAAUCUUCGUCCGCUUCCGAUCACCCGAAAGAUAAAUUUUUGCAAAUAUACCCGUAGUACCUUAUUAAAAUGUCCAAUUAUUAUUACUUAAGGCGAUCGUACAUAAUAUGUAUAGUCGUACAUAACAUUAUUUUUGUGAYGAUAUAAUAUUAUACAAUAAUGUAGCCACGGCAAAUCGUAUCACACGAAAUCGUUUACUGUUAUUUCGGGUUAUUUUGUAAUAUUAUACCGUAAUUAAGUUAUAGAUACUACUUAGACUGCGAUUUUAUGCCGAUUUUCCUGAUAAUUUAUUUUUAAAUAAAAGUCUGCCCAAAACUAUCCGUCUUUAUUUUAUUUUAUAGACAU